AUGACAUCCCUCUCUCCAGAGGACCAAGCAAUCCGCCUCACAUGCGCGACACACUUCCACCAGGCUCUAUGGCUGCCGCAGACGGCAAACCGUGCGAAGCUCAGGGUCACAUAUUCAACCACGACGAAUUUCGACAACGUCAGCCUGCCAGCCAUUCUCUUCAUCGGUCCAAUGUUUGGCACGCGAUGGAUGGCUUUGCACUUUGACAAGCUGGCCAGAGACUGCGGUGUCAGGGUCAUUUGUGUCGAUCGACCCGCGUUCGGAGGCUCGACAUCGGUGGCCAUCGAUCUUCGCAUGCGCACCUGGCUGGAAACAGUCCCAGCUCUGCUACGACGACUGGACGUUGAGCAUGUCGCCAUGGUGACACACUCGGCUGGGACUCUGUACACGCUCAACACGUUAUUCCACCACCGCUCCCUUCUAGACCCAAAGGCACCCUACGUCGCAUUCUUGGCGCCUUGGGUACCGACUGCCAACUCGGGCGCGACUCUGGCCACCCUCGCUGCCAAACUUCCGACCCCUCUGCUUGACUCCUGGGCCGGGCUCAACACCUUCAUCAACACUAAGAUCUUACCCAGCGCCUCAUGGUCCGGAGGGAUCAUCUCGUCCUCAGCCGCGCUACUCUCCUCCUCAGCUGGCACAGAUGUCCCCGGAGCAGAGGGGUCAACUUCCACCACUCCGUUCGAGCAAUACGGGUUCGACGACGACACGGCUAAUCUCAUCAAGAAGUUGUCGUCAAAGUAUCAGUUCGCAGAGAGCAACACGGGCGCGAACGAAGAAAUCAAACUUUGCCUCCGGAGAUGCAACGAUGCUGACUGGGGAGAGGCGGCGGAUUACUUGGGUUGCAUCCGCAAGAUAGCCGUCAACGAAGCAGCGCGUGGUCAGGGUGAGCCAAAUGCGGCCAGGCUGAAUGUCGAAGCAUUCUUCGCUGGCUCGGAUAUCAUGAUCGCCAAGCGCGGACAGAAGUACUUUGAGCAAUGCUGGCAAAGCGAUGAGGUGAAGGAGAAGGUGAACUUUACUACUUCGACCUUUCCGGCGGCGGACCAUGACUCCUUGCUCAUUGAUCAGAAGAAGGGUGCCCUGAAGGUUGUGUUCAAGAGGAUUGCCCAACUGGGCAAAGAGCUCUAG